GGCGUAGAUAGCCGUGCGUAGCUCUUCAAUUCAAGGUACCGCUGUAUGAAACAAGCUCUCUCAUUCCUUCUCUACACACAUCACGAUGGCCACCAGAUCAGUGCCGAAUCUCUCCUCAGAAGCGGCGGCAGUGGCUGCAAAUGCAGCCCAAGAGAAGGCCAAGUCAAUGGGGAUUGACUUCAACAUAGCCAUCGUAGACGCUUCGCUUUAUCUCCUCCACUUCGUCCGAAUGCCCAACGCGAAGCUUACCUCGAUCGAUAUCUCCAUCAACAAAGCCUUCACAGCAGCUGGUCAUCGCGUGCCUACAGCAACAUAUUCGACAGGUACCAAAAACUUCUUGCCUGGCGGCCCCGGAUACGGCAUUCAUAAUUCGAACGGUGGGAGGUUCACGUUGAUUGGAGGUGGAGUUCCAGUACAGAUUGACGGCCAGGUUGUAGGAGCUAUUGGAGUGAGCACAGGCACACCGGCGCAAGAUGUUGAGGUUGCGCAGGCUGGUGUGGAUGCAAUAAAUGCUUGGAUCAAGAGGAGGGAAGGGUCGAAGCUGUGAGAUAGUAGCCAAGAUAUGGACACAAAAUCGUGACUUGAUCAUGCAUACGCUUGCUGAUAUUAAUACGCUAUAUGGGAUAUUUCCGACG